AUGGGCACCUCACUCAACGAUGUUUUGCCCUCAACUCGAGUAUCAUCCAUUUUAGGAAAGGGAGAUGAGAUUGUUCCAGCUCUUAAACUAAGCUACAAUGAUCUUUCUGCCUCUUUGAAGCAGUUGUUCGCAUACUGCUCCUUGUUCCCAAAAGACUAUGUCUUCGAUAAGGAGGAGUUGAUUUUGUUGUGGAUGGCGGAAGGGUUUUUGCACCAAUCAACCACAAGCAAGUCUAUGGAACGCUUGGGCCAUGAAGGUUUUGAUGAAUUGUUGUCAAGAUCAUUUUUUCAGCAUGCCCCUGAUGCCAAAUCGAUGUUUGUGAUGCAUGACCUGAUGAAUGACUUGGCUACAUCUGUUGCUGGAGAUUUUUUUUCAAGGAUGGACAUUGAGAUGAAGAAAGAAUUUAGGAAGGAAGCUUUGGAAAAGUAUCGCCAUAUGUCAUUUGUUUGUGAGGGGUACAUGGUUUACAAAAGGUUCGAGGCAUUCAAAGGAGCUGGAAAUUUGAGAACAUUCUUAGCGUUGUAUCCUGGGAAAAAAGAAAGUUGGAGAACAUUUUCCUUAUCAAAUAAGGUCCUUGAUGACUUACUUCUUGAGUUACCUUUAUUAAGGGUCCUCAGUUUGUGUCAACUUAGCAUAAGUGAGGUACCUGAAUCCGUUGGUAGUUUGAAGCACUUGCGGUAUCUUAAUUUCUCUCGAACUGAAAUCACACAUUUACCAGAUAGUGUUUGCAACCUUUAUAAUUUACAGACGCUGAUUGUUUUUGGCUGCUAUUGUUUGAAAAAGUUGCCUGAGAGCUUCUCAAAGCUUAAAAAUUUGCGGCAUUUUGACAUGAGGGAUACUCCAAGUGUAAAGAAGAUGCCCUUAGGGAUUCUUGAGUUGAAAAGCCUACAAACUCUGUAUGGGGUCGCUUUUGGAGGAGACAACGGAUUUUCAAUAAUUGACAUUAAAGAUUUAAAGGCUCUCCAAGGGAAAAUUACCAUUAAGGGGCUGGAAAAAGUCCAAGGCUCAAUGCAUGCACAGGAAGCGAACUUAUCUGAAAAGAAGAUAAGUGAGUUGGAGUUGGAAUGGAGUAAUGAAUUUGAUGGUUCUCGAAAUGAAACGCUUGAAAAGGAGGUUCUCACUGAGCUCAAGCCUCAUAAUGAUACUUUAAAAGAACUAAAAAUCGUGUCAUAUGGAGGUAUAGAGUUUCCAAGUUGGGUUGGGGAUCCCUCGUUUGGUCAGCUGACUCGUGUUUGGAUAAGUGAUUGUAAAAAGUGUACAUAUCUACCGCCACUUGGGCAGCUACCAUUGCUUAAGGAGUUGUUUAUUAAAGGCAUGGAUGAGGUGAAAGGUGUGGGUUUGGAGUUUCUUGGGACUACUGGUCUUGCAUUCCCAAAACUUGAACAUCUUUCUUUUCGAGAUAUGAAAGGGUGGGAGGUGUGGUCAACCAAUAAUAAUGGGGUAAUUGUCGAUACAACAUUUCCAUGCCUUCAGAAGCUUUGGUUAGAUGAUUGUCCUAAUUUGGUUAGAGUUUCACUUGAAGCAUUACCUUCCCUGAGGAGUCUAAGGAUAGGUGGGUGCGGUCAUGAAGUGUUAGGAAGUCUGGUUCGUGUAGCUUCAUCAGUCACCAUGUUGAAUAUAAGUUGUAUUUCAGGACUUAAUGAUCAGGUGUGGGGAGAUGUUAUAGAGUAUCUUGGGGCAGUUGAAGAAGUAAGCAUUGAAGAGUGUAAUGAAAUAAGAUACUUGUGGGAAUCAGAAGCAGAGGCAAGUAAAGUUCUUGUGAAUUUAAGGAAGUUGGAUGUAGGUAAUUGUUCGAAUUUGGUGAGUUUAGGAGAGAAAGAGGAGGAUAAUUGUGGGAGCAACCUAACAUCUCUUACGACCUUGACCCUAUGGAGUUGUAAAAGCUUGGAGCAUUGCAGCUGUCCAAAUAGCCUCAAGUCACUUUUCAUCCAGAAUUGUGAUAAUCUGUUGGAAAAGGAGUUGCUAGGAGGACGAGAGAAGCCUCUGAUCAACUCAGACAUACUCAUGCUUGAAUCUGUAUAUAUAACUAAUUGGCCAAAUCUGAAAUCGAUCACUGAUUUGAGUUCCUUCAAUCACCUGAGGGAACUCGUAAUAACAGAUUGUCCAAAUAUGGAGUCAUUUCCUGACCACGAGUUGCCAGAACUCAAUGUGUUAACACAUCUGACAAUAUUAAAUUGUCAAAAGUAUGGAUUCUUCCUUUUCUCGUGGGCUUUGGCCUCCAAAGCUGUCCUCUCUUGAAAUAGGGGGGUUGAAGAAGUCCAUUUCAAAGUGGGGACCACAGACUUUUCCAACCUCACUUGUGGACCUAAUUUUAAUCGGUGGACGGUCAGAAGAUGUGAGUAAUUUGUGUCAGUUGUCCCAUCUUCUUCCUUCAUCUCUUACU